AUGAUGCAGGCCCUGACCCCACCGCCGCCCUGGCAAUUCAACGCAUUCCCGAAGAUGAACCCCCAGCACCUGAUGGCCCUCAUGCAGUACCGAGCUUUCCUGGCCCGAACCCAACAGGGUCUCCGGGCGAGCAUGAUGUAUCAACGCAUGAUGAUGCCGAACCAUUUGAUGAACUCGUACGCGGCUCCGGCAGCACAAACCUUCAUGUCUCACAUGAGCAAGGCCAUGGGACAUCCGGGACAGGCGAGUCCGUCUUACGCGUACCACGACCGGAACUUGGCCAGGGACGGACGUCGUCAGGAGGAGCCGUCGGAGCACCUGCAGGACCAGAGACGUCAUCGGCCGUCGCCGCGCCAGCAGCAGAUGCCCGAUCGCAUUCGAUCCCCGAAUCGGAAACCCCGAUUGAUUGAUAUUGAGGUUCUCAGUAUUUGA